AUGAUUGCUCCUGCUUCCACCCUCACGGCCGCCUUUGGCCUCCUCGCACUUACAGCUCAGGCAGCUCCUGUUCUCGAGGAGCGUGCUAGCUGCACCUUUACCGAUGCUGCCAGCGCCAUCAAGGGCAAGACCAGCUGCACCAGCAUUAUCCUCAAGGAUAUUACCGUUCCUGCUGGUACAACUCUGGACAUGACUGGUCUCAAGACUGGAACCACUGUCACCUUUCAAGGUACUACUUCUUUUGGCUACAAGGAGUGGGAAGGUCCUUUGGUCUCCUUUUCUGGAAGCUCCAUUACUAUCCAGGGUGCCUCUGGCCACGUUAUUGAUGGAAACGGUGCCAAGUGGUGGGACGGCAAGGGAAGCAACGGUGGAAAGACCAAGCCCAAGUUCUUUUACGCCCACUCUCUCAAGAACUCUUGGAUCAAGGGCUUGAGCGUCAAGAACACUCCUGUUCAGGCUUUCAGCAUCAACAGCGCCACCAACCUCGGCAUUUACGAUGUCCACCUGGACAACUCUGCCGGUGAUGCUGGUGGUGGCCACAACACUGAUGCCUUUGAUGUUGGAUCUUCCACUGGCAUCUACAUUUCUGGUGCCGUCGUCAAGAACCAGGAUGACUGCCUUGCCAUCAACUCUGGCACCAACAUUACCUUUACCGGCGGCUCCUGCAGCGGUGGCCACGGUCUGUCUAUUGGCUCCGUCGGUGGCCGCUCCGAUAACACCGUCAAGACUGUCCGCAUCGAGAACAGCUCCAUCUCCAACAGCGACAAUGGCGUUCGCAUCAAGACCGUCUACGGCGCCACUGGAUCCGUCUCGGACAUUGUCUACUCGGGCAUCACCCUGUCCAACAUUGCCAAGUACGGUAUCGUCAUUGAGCAGGAUUACGAGAACGGCAGCCCUACCGGUACCCCUACUGCCGGCGUCCCCAUUACCGACCUCACCGUCAGCAAGGUCACUGGUUCCGUGGCAUCUUCGGCUACCGAUGUCUACAUUCUGUGUGCCAAGGGUGCUUGCUCUGACUGGACCUGGUCCGGCAACAAGAUUACUGGAGGCAAGACCUCUUCCAAGUGCUCCAACGUUCCCAGCUCUGCUUCUUGCUAA